CGCUGCAUUCCCACCCAGUCCAGGGGUUGAAACAGUGUCAGAACAGCUUCCCUUAGCUACUAGCUCCGUCUCCCUGGAGCCAGAGGGAACUCCGAAGGUGACCGCAGAGCCAGCGUCUGGAGCAGCAGGUCCCCAGUCGGUGGGUCCGGCUAUCCUGCUAAAACAGCAAAGGUCCAGCCGCUCAGUAGAGAGAGGACCAGGGACGCUGAGGAGCGUGGUGCACACCGCUGCUGCGUAGAGCCACAUGAAGCCUGUGGAGGAACCGGGAUCAGCGAGUGGCAAGCGAGCUGCGCCUGAGAAGGGCGCCUUCCCCAGAAGCCGCUAACACCCAGGGGAACCUUUUUCCUUGUUCCUGGACUAAAACGCUUCUCCCAAAUAUCCAGAAUGGUGUUCCCGAAGUUGAUCUGGAUGAGUUUCUUUUGCCACCUGUGUCGAGGCUACUUUGAUGGCCCCCUGUACCCAGAAAUGUCUAAUGGGACGCUGCAUCAUUACUUCGUGCCUGAUGGAGACUACGAGGAGAAUGAUGACCCUGAGAAAUGCCAGCUGCUCUUCAGGGUGAGUGAUCGCAGGCGCUGCUCCCAGGGGGAAGGGGGCCAAGCCAGUAGCUUGCUGAGCCUCACUCUUCGAGAGGAGUUCACGGUACUGGGCCGCCAGGUGGAGGAUGCUGGACGCGUCCUGGAGGGCAUCAGUAAAAGCAUCUCCUACGACCUGGAUGGGGAAGAGAGCUAUGGCAAGUACCUGAGGCGGGAGUCCCACCAGAUCGGGGAUGCCUACUCCAACUCUGACAAGUCCCUCACUGAGCUGGAAAGCAAGUUCAAGCAGGGCCAAGAGCAGGAUAGCCGGCAGGAAAGCAGACUCAAUGAGGACUUCCUGGGGAUGCUGGUUCACACCAGGUCUUUGCUGAAGGAGACACUGGACAUCUCUGUGGGGCUCAGAGACAAAUACGAGCUGCUGGCACAUACCAUCAGGAGCCAUGGGACCCGCUUAGGUCGACUGAAAAGCGACUAUCUGGAGGGUGGGGGACAGAAGACAGGCUAAUAUUUCCAUUGUAACUGCUUUAUUUUAUCCAAAUUUGCACUUUCAGAACACAUCUGAAGUCAUCUUUCGAAAAGAAUGAAAAUUUUUAAUAAGUUGAGUUAUGCUGAUUUUAGUUUGGUUUUGUGCAUUAUUUAUCUUAUUAUUAAGGAUUUUUCACUUGCAAAAAGCAAUUUGAAACUACCCCUGGGUUAUUUUCCUAAAGGGUUUUAUUGCUCUAACAGAAUCUCUUCUUUCGACUCCAUCUAAAGGAUGCAUUUGUGUGGAAAGACUGAUUAAACUUCCUCAUCCUGGCGAUUGUCUGGACAUACCUAGUGGGGACGAGGCUCAUGGCUCCUUUACAUCAGCAGUCUUCUCUUUGGUCUCUGAAGGCUGAGAUGCCUGAUUUUCAGAUGAGGUCCCAGGUGUGUGGCAUGCCUGCCAGACAAGGAAGUUCCUUGAUUCUCCUUUCGCUCUUAUUUAUUUACCAUGUUCUUAGUUGUUUCUGUUUUGUCCUAAGAGUGUUAUUGAGAAUUUGCAUGCAAAUCACCACCAGUAAGAUGUUCAAGGUCCCGUUGUGGGUUUGUGUAAGUUGAAGAUGCAGCAUUUAAGAUAGCAAAACUUUGGGGCGGUUGCCCACUCAUGAUGCUGUCUUACUGUGUCUUUCACUGCACCAUCAAAGAAACAGAUUGCUUGAACACUCAAGUGUCUAUGAUUUAAGUUGUCAGCAUGUUUUUUCUUCUUGGACUUAGAUAGCAUUGCUUCCUUUUGUUUAUUAGAAACUUAUAUUUCCAGAGGGAGGGUCUAACUCUAGAAAUCCCUUAUGUACGUUUUAUUACUCAGCCAAUAAAUAUUUUCAUAUAA